CUUUAACUCCAUUUCCCUCAUCCACACACACGCUUGGCUUCUGUUUGAGUUUUCCAUGCCGGUAGCUUUUAAUUACAGGACGAUUCAGUAUUAAUUACAGAUUUACCCAAAGCAAAGGGCUGCGUGCUUUAUCAUGCAAACGCCUUCCCAUGAAUCCUGCAGGGUGGCUUUUCCUUCAAACGCCGCACGUCCUCCCGCUCCCAUCCCCGACGGUGCCGCCCCGGCUGUGUCCGGGGGCGCUGGAAAGCUGGCACGGCACGGCACGGCACGGCUCGGCUUUGCUCCCGGCUCCAAAGCGGCUGACUCCAGGGUAAACGGGGCACCCAAGCCUCGCAGUGCAGAGCCCGGUGCCGGUGCCGCGGCCAGGGGCUGCUCCGGGGCCGCAGCUGGGCAGGAUCUCCGUGGAUCCGGCUGGAGAUGCGGCUGGAACCGCGCUCCCGACUCCCUGCAGCACCGUGCCACCCACCCACGGUGCACCGGAGCGUUCCCGGAGAUGCGCGGGCACCUUGGAUCACCUAAAUCCCUUCUCCCCUUCCUCAAACCCCAGGGCACCACGCAGGGCUGUGUUUCUCCCUGUCCCGGCUCCAUUAUCCCAGUUCCUUCCCCGAAGAUGGAGCUGGCACUGUUCAUGUUCUCUGGGAUGGGCGCUGAAGGGCUUUUCUGCUCCAUCCCAGGCUCUUUGACAGACAUCUCCAGCCCUGGAGCAGCUCUUUGGCCGUGUGGGACAGGAGAGAGCCGUGUGUCAGCUCUGUCCCUGUCCCAGCCCUGCCAGCACAGCUCUGGGAUUGAUCCCAGUUUAUGCUCAUUGGUUAAUGGAGCUGAGCCAGGGUUUUAUUCUCCUUCCAUCAGGGAAAUGGGAAGCUCAUCAUGACGAGAGUGUUCAUUUGCUCCCUCUGACCUUUCCCGUGCUCUGGUUGUCCUUCCUGCUCUGUCAGGACCCUCCUGCCCUCCCUGUGUGUCUGAAGGGACCAGCCGGUGCCCAAAGGUGGUCCUGCUCUCAUGUCAGACUUUCCCAGUGGCUGUUGGAUGCCAACCCCACACCAUAUUCCCAUGGGAUAUUGUCUCCCUAGAGACUCCAGUUCAUCCUGCCACCUUCACCCAGCUCCUGCUGCUCCUGGCCAUGCCCAAACAGCACUCUGGCAGCUGGAGCUCGUCUUUCCCUCUAGGAAGUUCUCCUGGCCCCUUCCCUGUGCCAGCUCCUCAUCCCAGCCGAGUGCCCCAGGGCUCCCGCAGCACCCCACGAGGCAGGCACCUCGUGGCAGGAGUCCCCGUGGGCACUGGCAUCCUGUGCUCCUGCCCUGACUCCUGCUCGUGUGUCCCCAGGCGACCCUGGUGCCGAGGCCAUCGUGUCCCUGCCUGUGCUGCCCCGCACGUGGCAUGUGGGCUCAAUGGGGCAAGAGCCAGGGCUGGGGCUGAGCCACGCACCAGGGCCACCCUGCUCCUCUUGGGGCACAGGGGGGGUCUCAUGUCCCUCGGGGUGUCACCCAGCACUGCUCCGCAGCCGUGCUGGCCACUGCCCCCAUCACCUGCCCCGCAAUCCACGCCUGUGCCCUGUGCCCAGCUGUGUGCCCCGAACGCUGCACUCUGCACCCAGCUAACCCGGUGCAGCCACUCCCUGCUCCCAGCCCUGCAGCCGGGGCGGGCCGAGCUGUGCUGGGCCGUGUCACGCUGUGCUGAGCUGUGCUGCACCGUGCCGUGCCAUGCCAAGCCAUGCCGUCGGUGCCGAGCUGUUCUGUGCUGUUCUGAGCCAUGCUACUGAGCUCUGAUGUGCUCUGCUGAGCCGUGCGGAGCCGAGGUGUGCCGUGCCGUGCCAUUCUGAGCCAUACCGUACCGUGCCGCACCCUGCUGCCCCAUCCCAUUCUGUCCCGAUCUGUGCCGAACAACACCGAGCCAUGCCACACCGUACCGAGCCGUGCUGUAACGUUCCGCGCCACACCGCGCCAUGCCGUGCCGUGCCAGGCCGUACCGAGCUCACCGCGCCGCGCCGUGCCCCACCGUACCGCGCCGAUACUGUACGGUACCAUCCCGAACCGCCCGGCCCGAGCCGCCCGGUGCCCCCGGCGCCGCCGCGGCCCCUCCCGGCGGGCGCCCGCGGCGGUGCCGGUGCCGGUGCCGGUGCGGGGGGCGGAGUCUCUCCCACCGCCCCGCCCCUCCCCUCCGUUGCCCCGCCCCCUCCGCGCGCCCAGCGGUGCUGAUGGGGCGCCGGCGUGGGCGUGGCUUGUUGGGGCGUGGCCCGCGCGGCCCCGCCCCGUCUCCCCCGCCCGGCGCGCCCCGCCCGCGCUCGGCGGUGCGGGAUGGGGCGAUGGCGCGGGCGGGCGCGGGGCCGCCGCGGGAGCUGUCCCUGGAGGAGGUGCUGAAGUGCUACGAGCAGCCGCUGAACGAGGAGCAGGCCUGGGCGCUCUGCUUCCAGGGCUGCCGCGCCGCCGCCGCCGCCCCCGUCGCCCCCGCGCCGCUCCGCACCGCCGACAUCCGCCUCCGCGCCGACGGCUCCCUCCGCCUGCCCGCCCCGCCGCACGACCUGCCCGCGCUGCUGACGCCCUCUGCCGAAGCCCAGAUGGUGCAGUCGCUGGGCUUUGCCGUGUACCGGGCGCUGGACUGGGGACUGGACGAGAACGAGGAGCGGGAGCUGAGCCCGCGCCUGGAGCAGCUCAUCGACCUGAUGACCAACAGCGACUCCGAGGACAGCGGCUGCGCCACGGCCGACGAGGGCUAUGGGGGGCAGGAUGAGGAGGAGGAGGGGGGCGAGGGCCCGCCUCGCUCCGUGCGCACCUUCGGCCAGGCCAUGCGCUGCUGCGCCGCCCGCCUGGCCGACCCCGCCGGCGCCCCGGCGCACUACCAGGCCGUGUGCCGCGCCCUCUUCGCCGAGACCGUGGAGCUCAUGGCCUUCCUCGCCAAGAUCCGCGAUGCCAAGGAGCUGCUGCAGAAACUGAAGGAGGAUGAGGAAGAGGAGGAGCGGCCGGCGGCGGAGCUGGGCAACCUGCGCAACACAGACUGGGCCCGGCUGUGGGUGCAGCUGAUGCGGGAGCUGCGGCACGGUGUGAAGCUGAAGAAGGUGCAGGAGAAGCAGUUCAACCCUCUGCCCACCGAGUACCAGCUCACGCCCUUCGAGAUGCUCAUGCAGGACAUCCGUGCCCGCAACUACAAACUCCGCAAGGUCAUGGUGGAUGGAGACAUCCCCCCCCGGGUGAAGAAAGAUGCCCACGAGCUCAUACUGGACUUCAUCCGCUCCCGGCCCCCUCUGAAGCAGGCGUCAGAGCGGCGGCUGCGGCCGCUGCCCCAGAAGCAGAGGACGCUCCACGAGAAGAUCCUGGAGGAGAUCAGGCAGGAGCGGAAGCUCCGGCCCGUGGAGCAGAAAGGAUACAGCUCCUUGCCCUGCAUCCCACACGCCUGUGCCGGCCGCCUGAGCUCCAGCUCCUGCCUCGAGCUGUCCCGCUGCCCGGCCAGCGCCGUGCCCGCGCGCCCGCGGCCACGCGUCCUGCUCAAGGCGCCCACCCUGGCCGAGAUGGAGGAGAUGAACCUCUCCGAGGACGAGGACUCUCCGGCCACGGAGGUGCCGCUGAAGCGGGAUCGCUCCUUCUCGGAGCAGGACCUGGCACAGCUGCAGAGCCAGCUGGGGGGUGAGCAGGCUGUGCCCCGGGACCCAGAGCCACUGCAGCCCGAGCCCCGGCCCCGCUCAGGCUCCGUCCCUGCCAGCUGCCACCCGCUGCCAGAUGGCCCAGCGCUGCCCCGGGCUGCCCUUGGAGCUGUGGAGGAGAGGCCAGAGGAUGGAUCCAGUGCUGCCCCCGCCAGCAGCUCCAAGCACCUCUGGCUGGAGUUCAGCCACCCUGUGGAGAGCCUGGCCCUGACUGUGGAGGAGAUGAUCAACGUGCGCAGGGUGCUGGUCAAGGCUGAGAUGGAGAAGUUCCUGCAGAGCAAGGAGCUGUACAGCAGCCUGCGGAGGGGGAAGGUCUGCUGCUGCUGCAGGGCCAAGUUUCCUCUCUUCUCCUGGCCCACAUCGUGUUUCUUCUGCAAGCGGUCUGUCUGUAGCUCCUGCAGUCUAAAGAUGAAGAUGCCUUCCAAGAAGCUGGCUCACAUCCCCGUCUACGCGCUGGGCUUCGAGAGCCUGCCAGGCUCGCUGCUGCCCAAGGCGCCGCCGCUCCGCCGGAGGGAGCCCUUCCACUCGCUCUCGGGGCCGUGCUGGCGCCGGGUGGAGGAGGAAUUCCCCCACAUCUACGCCCAGGGCUCGGUCCUGCGCGACGUCUGCUCCGACUGCGCCGGCUUCGUCACGGACGUGGUCAGCUCCAGCCGCCGCAGCGUGGCCGUGCUCCACGCCAGCGCCGCGUCCCGGCGCCACGCCAAGGCGCGCUCCCUCUACAGCGACGCGUGGCUCAAGUGAAGGGCCGGGAGCCCCGGUGACGGUGGCCACGGGGGUGCCGCCCGCCCCGGCACGGCCCCCCGAUGUACAUAUAUACAUAGGAUGGAUACACACAGCUUCUAUAUUUAUAUACGUUAUGGACCAAGGGGCGAAAGGACCCGUUCCCGCUGUCCCUGCCGUCCCCUUGCGUCCCUGCCACCAGCCCCCGAGGGGGUGGAUCCUGCUGUGGGACACCCGCGGCCCCCGGGAGGACGGAUCCCGCUGCGGGGCAGCUCUUGGGGGAUGGAUCCUGCCGUGGGACACCCGCGGCCCCUGCGUUCGCCCCCCGGCCCCGCUUCUGUGCCAAGCCCUGGCUGUGCCGGGGUGCCCGGUGCCCUGGGCUGGCACGGCUGUUCUGUAUGUCCCCUCCACAAUAAACCCGCUGGGCUGCCCUGG